CGCGUCAGUUGACUUUAGACAGUACUGCGCGCGCAUGUUCAAAUAAUGAUGGCGGUUUCUUCAACGAAAUAAAAUAAAUACACUAACUUUUUGUUACAAAAUUUAUGCUUUACGACUCUUCUUAUACUCGAAAAAGUGUUUUAAUUUAAAUUUAGUUUUUUAGUAGUGAAUUAAAACGUGUAGACACGGAAAUCGCGUGUGGAAGUGUGUGGCAAAAUGUGAAAGUUUCUUAUAAGAAAACAGUGGCUCAUUUUUUUACGUGGUAUCCUACAUAUUUCUUGUUUCUACAGCUGUUUUGAUAUUUUAAAAGUCGGUAUAAAACAACAACUAAAUGUGAGAAAACAAUUACAGAAAACAACCAAAAACCAAUAAAAAAGUGUCAAAGUGUGAGUGAUGUGAACAAUAAUGUGGACUGGUAUGGACUACGUGUAGUUUCCCGCCAAAACAAGAUGGCAGCCGUCAUAAAAUGGCGGCCUAGACGCUUAGGCGCCAUGUUGCUAAUUUUAUUUAUACAAUUUGUUAAUGGUUACGAAGAGAUAUACACAAUAUCGCAACUAUCACCAAAAUCAGCGACAGUCGACAGACUGCCCCAAGACACAGUCUUGCAGACCAGUCUCCCAGAGAACGUAGCAGUAAGGAUAGAACCCAGCAUCAAAUAUGAUGAAGAGGAACCUCCUCUGGACAUCCAUGAAGACCUGGAACAGCAUAUCGUAGUCGCCAGGUCUGCGGAUCCUGUUAGAGAAUCCAGGUCCAUAAACAUAGAUGAGAUACCUAGCUCAAAUAAUGAGAUAGAUAAUCAUUUAGAAUUACACAAUAAAAGAAAGUACUAUGAUAUCCAUCCGACGAAGACUACAGGUUAUUUGAGGAGUGAGGAUGAUAUCAUACUGUCUUCGGAAGGUUUCGGAGAUAGGCUGGAGUUCAAGUUUCCGGGGGAAGGGAAGAGGGUCCCAAAAGCGCGCGCACUGGCGCCUAUGGGGCCCAGAAUACGGCCUACUGCAGUGCAGCCGAUCUUUGCGACAGCUACCCCUAGGAAAGAUGAACCGAGACAGAAUACUGAGAUCCAGAACAUUAUAACUGGUCUCGUGAAGUUACUGAAUGGUAAUGUCAACGUGCAAGCUAAUUCUCAGCUUCUAAAUGGAAGACCAGGUCGUCCUAUGGCGUCUAGGAUCAAUAACAGAGGUCCUCCGAAGAUAUCUGAUGUUCCACCGCUGCCAGACUUCGAUCCACCUAUCUCACCACCUCCUCAUCACUUCCAUCCUACUAAGACACCUCCUCCAUAUCCAUUUGACAGACCACCGGUCUACGUGAACCUACCAGAACAGAUCGUUCCUCCAUUAAAUAGACCAGGGUUCCACAGACCGAUACCUCCGUGGCAAAGACCGAGACCAAGACCUCCAAAUAGGAGACCUAACCCUGGUCUACCGAUGUACAAACCUAUGCCGCCUUUACCAAAUAUACCAGAUAUACCUGAUGUAGAGGAGAAACCAGAUGAUGUGGUUAGUGAGAAUGAAACUACUCAUUCUGAGAACACACUACAUCAUGAAGAAGCUGAACCGACAGUUGUUGCUGAAAACACAACUGAAACAGAACCAAAUAAAGAGGAAAAUAAUGACAAUGAAACCACGACUGCAGCUGAAACCACUUCAUCAUCAACUACAACUACUACUACAACAACGACUACAACCACUACCACUACCACAACCGAACCACCACCACCAGAAACUACAACCACAGAACGAACCACGACCACAGAACGAACCACAACUACAGAAAAACCGACAACCACAACGGAAAAACCGACAACAACAACGGAGAAAAAGAUAGAAAAACCAAAACAGGAUAAGAAAAAAGACACAAUAUUCGGAGAAAAAGAAAAACCAAAAGAUAAAGUUAAAAUAGAUGAUAGAUUUAACAAGACUACUCCGAAAGAUGAUCUACUAGAGCAGGCUAUUAAAAUAAUAGAGCCGUCUUUAAUAGAAGUACCGUCUACUUCAUCUACUGUGUCUGCUACGCCUACGGAUGGUCUUCUAAGUCAUACUCCGUCAGUCAGCGUGACGUCAUCGUCAUCUUCUUCGGCUGCAUCAUCCAUGGAUGUUAUAGAAACAUCUUCUAUUAACUCUCAACCGUUGCCAUCAUCCCAAGGCACAAUCCCGUACCACCCCUACCGCCCACGACCAGGCAUAGUCCUGGACGACACAGACUUCAAGCCCCACGGCUCCCGCUACCGACCUCAAGCUGAGGUGUCUGUCAUCACAGCGCCGGAGACCAGACCACCAGGGUAUGGGGAGAUCUUCGAUGUCACUGUGUCUGCUAUACAGGGGCUUGGGGAGAAGGGUGAGGCUUCAGUGCACAUAGAAAACGUUCACCUAUCAGGCCACGAACACGAUGAUAUCAUAGUCUCCCCCUCAGGGGAGCAAGGGUUCGUCUCCAUCGAUGGCAAGCGGACGUAUCUGAACCUGUUCGAUACCUCCACUCCUGCUCCCACCAUCAGACCUACCAGGGUCCAGAGUAUGCCGCAAUCUGUAUCACCGCUCCCGCCUCCUCCUUUAGCCCCCACCCUCGGCACAGGAGAAGCUAUACCAGCAGACGACAUCGCGCUACCUCAGCAGCCAGUCAGGAGACCAGGUCAUCAUCAGCACCAGCACACACAGCCACAUAGACCGCAGCAAGGGUUCAGGAGACCACAGCCUACAGUCAGAAUCGACACGUGUAUCGUCGGCGAUGACUCCACAUGCGAUCAGACGCAGAACGAGAAGUGCCGUAUGAUUCCAGGUAUAUCGAGCUGCCAGUGUCGCCCCGGCUACGCUCGCCGUAUACACAGGGACCCAUGCAGGCGAGUCGUGGCGCUGCUCCUCAAUCUGAGGGUCGAUAGGCUUUAUGAGAGGAAGGUGGCCUGGGACGCCAAGCUAGCGGAUAAGGACUCCGACCCGUACCAACAACUGAGCUAUGAAGCUGUUCGAGCUAUUGACUCAGCAUUCUCGAUGACUCCGUUCUCCGAUGACUUCGUGAGCGGGUCCGUCAACUCCGUGCAUAAAGGCGACGAGAACAACAGAGGGGUCUACGUCAAUCUGACUAUUUUGAUGCAAGAAACAGCGGAGACAGUCCGUCAGUCCGUGGGGUCGGACAUCCAGAAGCACCUGCUGGGCGUCAUCAGACGGAGGUCCAACAACGUCGGCGCCUCCGCCCUCUACGUCGACACUGUCGCCGGCAGCGUACUGCCUCUACAUGAUGUGGAUGAAUGCUCAUCGCCAGACCUGAACGACUGCCACCAGUACGCUACCUGCACCAACACCUGGGGGGGAUUCAAAUGUCAAUGCUCAGACUCGACCCUGGACGCGUCGCCCUCCCCCCAGAAGGCCGGCAGGGAGUGCAAGUCGUGUGCAUCCUCGCACUGCAACGACAGGGGAGCGUGCAAGUAUAACAAUGGACAACCUUACUGCAGUUGUUCGUCCGGGUACUACGGGUCGACGUGCGAGGUGGACGGGGAGGUGGUGGGGGUAGCGGUGGGGGCCUCACUGCUGGCCGCGCUCGUCAUCGCCAUCACACUCGCCGCGCUCAUGUCCUGGAGUCGUAAGUGGUCUCGAGAGCAGAAGGCUGCCGGUAUGGGCUCCCCUAUAUUCAACUACAUGGCAGCCAAUACUAUCAAGACUCCGCCUGUCGGACAACCGCCGUAUCAGGUGACGCUGGAAGAACGGAUGCGAUGGGCACAGAUAGCUGAAGCUAUGGCACAAGCUAGCCAUUACGCUCCGGAGCCAGCUCAGAUGGCGACGCGUCCAUCGUCAGCCAUGUUCGGAGGAUACCCCACUCUACCGCCAGUGCCGCUGCCGAGGAUGGGCAUGCACGGUGGCCAUCACAACGGCACGCUAAACACGGUGGCGUCCAGAGCCAACACUGCAGCCUCGCAUCAUAACUUAUACGGUUACACAAACCACAUGGCGACGGAAUCAACAAGUUCUGAAGCAUCAUCACACGUGCAGGAGAGAGCUGAUCUACUGGUACCUAGACCCAAAUCCAGGGCCCGGAGUAUGCAUAACCAAAACGGGAUAUACUACGACGUUGAAUACGAAAACGCUCCUGAAGCCAUAUAUGGCACGAAAGGCAUCCCCCUAUCUACGUAUACCGUCAGUAGAGGCCCCCCCUUCUAUCGGACAUAGUAUUUGUAAGUAUCGUUGGCCUAUCUUCAAUAUUAAUAUGUCAAAAA